AUGAGUUACCACUUUCGAGAGGGGCAGCGUCUCAGCCUGAUCUCUAGACAUUUGGAUCAGCGCCUACCACUGCCUGAGCUUAACACUCCGUUCUCGACCGAGAGGAACUCCCAAGUCCCCGACGACAUUGAAUAUAAGCCCCUCGAUCGCUCUCCUACUCCGCCGUCGUCGGACCCUCCUGCCACUUCCCACCAUCGACAAUCGUCAUCUCCUGCUGUCAAGAUGUCCGCCCAAGCCCCUCACCCCACCUUGCUCAUCCCUGGUCCCAUCGAAUUCGAUGAUGCCGUCCUCCAGUCUAUGGGCCAUUACGCCGAGAGCCAUGUCGCUCCCGGCUUCGUCAAGACUUUUGGAGAAACAUUGACCAUGGUCCGGAAGCUUUUCCAGUCUACCAACCCCAGUGCUCAGCCCUUCGUGGUUUCCGGUAGUGGUACCCUAGGCUGGGAUUUCGUCGCUGCCAACCUGGUCGAGAAGGACGAGGAUGCCCUUGUCCUACACACUGGCUACUUCGCUGAUUCAUUCGCGUCCUGCCUGGAGACCUACGGAGCUAAUGCAACACAACUCAAGGCCCCCAUUGGAGAGCGCCCAUCCUUUGAGCAGAUCGAGCAAGCGCUGAAGGAGAAGUCCUACAAGGUCAUCACUAUUACACACGUUGAUACCUCCACUGGCGUGCUGAGCGACAUCAAGCGUGUGGCCGAGAUCGUUCGUCGGGUCAGCCCCGACACCCUGGUGGUCGUGGAUGGGGUCUGCAGUGUUGGCUGUGAGGAGAUUGCCUUUGAUGAAUGGGACCUGGAUGUGGUUCUGACAGCCAGCCAGAAGGCUAUCGGCUGCCCCCCCGGACUGAGCAUUCUCAUGGUUUCCGGUCGAGCAAUUGAGACCUUCAAGGCGCGCAAGACCCCGCCAUCCUCGUACUACAGCUCCAUGGCCAACUGGCUCCCCAUCAUGCAGAACUACGAGAACCUGAAGCCCUCUUACUUUGCCACCCCCCCCACCCAACUGGUGCACGCCCUCCACACUACGCUCUCCCAGAUCACCGCCCGUCCGAUGCAAGAGCGCUUCGAUCUGCACACCGCGGCCUCUAACCGUGUCAAGGCUGCGAUUGCCGGGCUCGGCCUGACGCAGUUGGCGUCCAAGCCGGAGAACCAAGCCCACGCCAUGACAGCCAUCUGGCUGCCCGAGGGGUUGGCCGCACCAGAUGUCCUCCCCGGCAUCCUAAAGCGUGGAGUGAUCUUCGCGGGCGGCCUGCACAAGGAGGUUGCCACCAAGUAUAUCCGCUUUGGACACAUGGGUGUUAGCAUCACAGACCCAGCCCGCACUGACAUUACCAAGGCUAUCGCGGCUCUUCAGGAGGCAAUCACCGAAGCCCAGCAGGCCAAGGGACUAUAA